CCAGCGGGGGAAGGGGAGGGACUGCCGGCCUUGGGGCCUCAAGUCAAGCUCUGCCUCCAGAGAGGAGGAGGAGGAGGAGGAGGAUGGGCUCUGUCCCCCCAGCGCUUGCCAGGCUCCAUGUCCUGCUCAGGACAGACACCAUCACCCUCAGCGGAUGGGAAUGAGGAGCAGACUCUGGCCUGCCAAGUCAGGAAGGGGGGAUUUCAUCUCUGGAGCAAAUGAAGAGACUCUGAAGGGAUUUCUCUUCGCUGUCGAACGCUCCGGGGAGGAUUUUGCAGCAUGCAGCAGCAAGGCGCAGGGCACAAGAAGGAGGAUGAGGAGGCUCCGGAGGCUCCAUCAGCUGGGAAGAGCCGAGGCACCGCAGCAGCAGCCGGAGGGUGGGCGUGGGGAGUGGUGUUCCACUUCUUCCUGGUCAAUGUGCUCGUGAUGGGGAUGCUCAAGACCUUCGGGAUUUUUUUCGUGGCUUUCCGAGAGGAGAUGGGGGGAUCAUCUGAGCAGGUCAGCUGGAUCGGCUCCAUCAUGUCCUCCCUGCGCUUCCUGGGAGCCCCGCUGGUGGCCGUGGUGUGCCGGUGGCUGGGAGAGAGACCCACCUCCAUCCUGGGGGCCGGGCUGGUGGCUGGGGGCUGCCUGCUCAGCACUCAGGCCACCAGUGUCCCCUUCCUCUGCUUCUCCAUGGGAUUCCUGCUGGGGAUGGGGUUUGCCUGUCUGUACCAGGCGGCCGCGGUGAUGACGGCCAAGCGCUGCCGGGCACGCCUGGCCCUCUCCAACGCCCUGGCCCGCUCCGGGAUGGGGCUGACGUUCCUCAUGGCUCCCUGCACUCAGCUCCUCAUCGAGAUCUACGGCUGGCAAGGUACUCUCCUGAUUUCUGGAGGCAUCAUGUUGAACCUGGUGCCUUCCAGCAUGCUGCUGUGGCCCGUCAGCACCCAACCGCCUCAGAAAUCUGCCAAAAAUCAGCACCAGGGGUCAGAGGUGGCAAAGAAGGAUCCAGAAACUCCGGGUGGAUGUUUGGGUGGAGGCACUGACAGGGAAUUACAGCAGGCUUCCAGCACAGGGAGACUCCUGAUGCCCCAUGGCAGAGCUGGCUCUGACCCAGCCUUGGAAAUGCUCCAGAAACCCAGCCCGGAGAGCUCCUCCUCAGAAACAGCCACCGAGGCCAGCAGAAGCCACAAACCCCCUGCAGCCACCACAAAGGAACCUUCUCAGCCUCUCCUGGACUUCUCCCCGCUGAAGGAUCCCGUUUUCUUCAUUUUCACGUGGUCUUUCCUGUUCAGCCACCUGGCCUACUUCGUGCCCCUGUUCCACCUGGUGGCGAGGGCCAGGACGCUGGGCAUGAGCGGCAGGGACGGCUCCUUCCUCAUCGCCGUGGCUGGCAUCACGGAGAUGCUGAGCCAGCUGCUCUCGGGCUGGGUGGCCGACCACGACUGGACCAAGAAGUACCAUUUCCAUGUCACCUACCUGCUCCUCAGCGGGGUCACCAACCUGCUGGGGCCGCUGGCCACCACCUUCCCUCUGCUGCUCGCCUACACCGUGGCCUUUGCCAUCUUCUCUGGAGGCUUCAUGGCUCUGGUGCUGCCUGUGCUGGUGGAUCUGGUGGGUGUGGAAAAGCUGCACAGCUACCUGGGCUUUGCUGCCUUCUUCGCAGGGAUAGCAGCCAUGGGAGGACCCCCUUUAGCAGGGUGGCUCUAUGAUUACACCCAGACCUACGUCUGCUCCUUCCUCCUUGCUGGAGCCUGCGCUCUCAUCUCACCUAUUUCCUUCUUCUUUGAGCCUGCAGCCCAAAAGUGGAAGCUAAAAAAAGCCAAUUUGAGCAAGAGCCCCAGGCCUGGCUGAAGUUUUAAAGGCUGGGCUUUGAUGGCAUCAAUGCUGGGAAAGCCAUUGCCUGUACUGGGAAUGUAUCAACAGCAGCAACAUUGAAAAUUGGAAUGUUUGGAUGCCAGAAUCAGUUUGUAUACCUGAAUAUUUCUCCUGAUUAAAGCCAUCUGUGAAAUG